UCUCUGUUAUUGUAUUUGGGAAUGUGGGUUUUUGAAAUUUUGGGAUCUGGGUUGCUUUGUUUGAUGCUGAAUUGUGAUGGGUUGUGUUGAAUUUUGGGGUUUGUUUAUAAAGUUGGGAGCUUUGUUGGUGGGUUUUGGGAAUGUGGGGGUUCAUUUGAGAGUUGGAAUUUGUGUGGGUGGUGGGAAAUUUGGAUCUGGGAGCCUUGGUUUGAGCUGAAUUUGUGGUGGGUUUUGUUUGAAUUUGGUGUUUGUUUGUAAAGUUGAGAACUUUUGGGUUGAUGGGUUUGGUGGCUUUGCUUUUUGCGAGAUGAAUAGGGCAGAUUGUGGUUGGUUUAGGGGCUAGAGUUUGUUAUUGAUGAUUAUUUGAUUGAUCUGUUCGUAUGAAUUGUGGAAAUAGUUUGGUUUGUCUUCUUUGGAUGGUGUAUGAAAAGAUCUGUGGCAAAACUGAAUUUCAUUUUCUAAUGAACUGUUUGGUUUUGAAGCUCGAUAAGUUCCAAAAACAUAAACAGUGUGAGUAGAAACCAAAGGAGUAUAUGUUUCCCAAAAGUAUUGAAUUUUCUCCAUUGGUUAAUUGUUGAAAAUCGGUUUACUUUUCAGUUUAAUCCGGGAGUCUGAGUCUCAGCAAUCAAUAUUUCCAACCAGAUCCGGGUGAUCCAGUCAUGGUCAGAAGGAAUUCCCAGCUGAAAGUUUGAGCCUUUGUUGUUCUUACUGUUUUAGUUGGAGCAAGCGUAAUCUUCAACUUGUAUAACUACCUAGAAGAAGCUCCUCUUCUGAUUUUGACUCAUUAUGCUUUGGGAAAUACAUACUGAAGCAAAAGAAUCAAGAUAUUGACUUAAAACUUGGGCCUUUUUCUGUUCAGUUGGAAAAGGGCAAUGAAAUAAGCUGCAUACUUGGAAAGAAAAAAUUCUGAGCGAGGAUUGUCAGAUUCUUGGCUGGCUGAGGAGCUGGAUAUCGGUAUGGCUGUUGCCAAGAGCAGCAGCAACAGGGAACCAUCAACACGGCUAUGCAAUUCUUACAAAGUCUCGAGCUUAACGUCCUCCAUCUUGGAUGCAAAUGAGACCUCAAAUCUAAAAGACCAGUAUAUUCUUGGAGAGCAAUUAGGUUGGGGUCAAUUUGGUGUUAUUAGGGUGUGCACUGAUAAGUUUACGGGAGAGGUUUUGGCAUGCAAAUCAAUAGCUAAAGAUCGAUUAGUGACCUCAGAUGAUGUCAGUAGCAUCAAGCUUGAGAUUGAAAUCAUGACCAGGUUGUCUGGGCACCCAAAUGUUGUAGAUCUCAAGGCGGUGUAUGAAGAGGAAGAGUACGUUCAUUUGGUGAUGGAGCUCUGUGCAGGAGGGGAGCUUUUCCACCAGUUAGAGAAGCACGGGCAUUUCUCUGAAUCUGAUGCAAGGGUUCUCUUUAGGCAUCUGAUUCAGGUAGUUUUAUACUGUCAUGAAAAUGGGGUUGUCCACAGAGAUUUGAAGCCUGAGAAUAUUCUGUUGGCCACAAAAGCCUCCUCAUCUCCUAUAAAAUUGGCAGACUUUGGUCUUGCAACUUACAUCAAGCCUGGCCAGAGUUUGCACGGUUUGGUGGGAAGUCCGUUUUAUAUAGCGCCUGAGGUACUUGCCGGGGGCUAUAACCAAGCUGCUGAUGUUUGGAGUGCAGGAGUAAUUCUUUACAUUCUUCUCAGCGGAAUGCCACCAUUUUGGGGGAAGACAAAGUCAAGCAUAUUUGAUGCUGUUAGGACAGCUGAUCUGAGGUUCCCAUCUGAUCCCUGGGAUGGCAUUACUGAAUCAGCUAAUGAUUUGAUUCGAGGAAUGCUCUGUAAAGAUCCUUCUAAAAGGCUCACCGCUCACCAGGUUUUAGAGCAUUCCUGGAUGAGGAGUACUGAAUCCCUUUCUAAACAACCUAGUCAGUGUAAAAAUCUAGGUUAUAAAGAAUGUGAUGUGGGCAGUAGCUCAUUUACCACCUCAUUUAUGUCCAGGAGUCAGGACAUCAGCUUUGGUACCGCAUCACCUAGUAUAUGUGAAGCCCAAUCCCCUACAUUCACAAGCAGGUCAUCUUUUUCUCCUUUCCUGGUUGAGCCAUCUACUCCUUGCUUGGCAUCUGGUGGGUUGUCAUUCCGUAGCAAUGACGUCUCCAAUUGCCUGGAAUUCUCCUCCCCUAUUUCCUCAAUGCCAAGCUUUGCAUUCUUCAGCCCCAGUUCUGUGGUUGAGGAACGUAGUUGUUCGGUGGAGUUCUCAGCCAGCAUAGAUGCAGUUCAUCAAGAGACAAGCUCAGGGAAGUUGCUUCUAUUAUCAGAUUCCCUUUCAUUUAGGCUUGAAGCUAGAGGAAUGAUUAACAGACCAGCAGUAGCUAAAAGAUCCGGGGUGACAACUGGUUCUAGGACACUGGGCAUCCACAGCAAGAGGAACCGCACAAUUGGACUCGGUGAACACGAGCAACUAGAUUUCAUGGUCAACGAAUCAAUCAUCCGCUGGUCAUCAUGCACACAUCUUACCACUUCUCUACGAUCGUCUCUCGUUUGUUGACCUGACAGUGUAUCAUGUUGCUAAUUCCUGAUGCUUAGUGCCACUUUUGAUGUUAGUUGCAAGUAUGAUGAUGAUUUGGCUUUUACCAGUAGGUAGGAAAGAGUAAAAAAAAGGCAGUGUGCCGAAUUAACACGCUCGAGUGAGGUUUACAAGUUAUUAUAUCAUGUUCCCAAUGAGCUGAUUGCUGAUGCUUGGUGCCACUUUUCACUAGCUUUGUGUAGGAGGUGUGAUAAGUGAUGUCUUCCAAGUUCUAAUGGUUAUGGAGAGUGAUUUUUGGAUUUUAGUGGUAGGUUGGCGGAGUACCCAGUUAUGGACAAUGAGCUUGGCCCUUUUGUAUAAAGUGAUUGUUCACAUAAUGCUUUCCUAGUUUGCAAUCUUACUAUCUGGUCUUUCUUUACUUUGCUGUGUAGGCAAAAGAGAUCUUUUGUAUAAAGUGAUUGUUCACAUAAUGCUUUCCUAGUUUGCAAUCUUA